AUGGAGAAGCCUCCGUUCCGACACAGCAACCACAAGUGCGGCGACUGGGAGUUGAAGGAGCGGCUGGGAAUGGGGGGCUUUGCCCACGUUUACCUGUACCAGCAUCACGUGAGCGGCGACAAGCUGGCGGUAAAGAUGUGCCGACUGGAACUGACGCCCAGGAACAAGGACCGCUGGAGCCGAGAGAUCCAGAUCAUGAAGAAGUUGAACCACAUCAACGUAGUGACGGCGCGAGACGUCCCCGAAGAAAUCAACUUGAUCGCCUUGAACGAUCUGCCGCUGCUCGCCAUGGAGUUCUGCUCGCACGGCGACCUCCGCAAGGUUCUGAGCAGGCCGGAGAACUGCUGCGGUCUGAAGGAAAGCGACGUCCUGGCUCUGCUCAACGACGUCGGUUCCGGCAUCCGGUACCUGCACGAAAACAAGAUCAUCCACCGCGACCUGAAGCCCGAGAACAUCGUGCUGCAGGAAGUCAACGGCAAGCUGGUGCACAAGAUUAUCGACCUGGGCUACGCCAAAGACUUGGACCAGGGCAGCCUGUGCACGUCCUUCGUGGGCACGCUGCAGUACCUGGCGCCCGAGCUGUUUGAGAACAAAGCGUACACGGUCAGCGUGGACUACUGGAGCUUCGGGACCAUGAUCUUCGAGUGCAGCUGCGGCUUCAGGCCCUUCCUGCACAACCUGCAGCCGGUGCAGUGGGCCAGCAAGGUACGCAACAAGGGGCCCAAGGACAUCAUGGCAGUGGAGGAAGCCAAUGGAGAAGUGCGCUUCUCCACGCAUCUGCCGUACCCCAACAAUCUGAGCAGGACGCUGCUGGAGCCCAUGGAAGCGCUGUUGCAGCUGAUGCUGAAGUGGGACCCCGUCCACAGGGGAGGCGGCGUCCACCCCGAAAGCAAGAAGCCGCUCUGCUUCGACCUCCUGGAUCAGAUCCUCGCCAUGAAGGUAGUGCACGUCCUUAACAUGACCACGGCCCAGGUGCAUUCCUUCCGGCUGGCGCCCGACGAGUCGCUGCACGCCCUGCAGAAACGCGUGGAGGCGGAAAGCGGGAUCCACGUGGCCCACCAGGAGCUGCUGCAGGAGACGGGCGUGUCCCUGGACCCCCGCAAGCCGGCGGCGCAGUGCGUCCUGGACGGCGUGCGAGGGUGGGACGCCUACAUGGUGUACCUGUUCGACAAGAGCGCCAGCGAGUACUCGGGUCCGUUGAGCGCCAGGCAGCUGCCCGAUAAGGUCAACGCCAUCGUCCAGGAGGCUCGGACGCCGAUGCCGCUGGCCGUUCUGAAGAAGGUCUGGGCCGAGGCGCUCAGCUACAUCUGCGGCCUGAAGGACGACUACAGCCGCCUGUUCCAAGGCCAGCGCGCCGCCAUGUUGAGUCUCCUGCGUUACAACACCAACCUGACGCGCUGUAAAAACAGCAUGUUCGGGUUCUCCCAGCAGCUAAAAGCCAAGCUGGACUUCUUCCGUAGCAGCAUCCAGUACGACCUGGAAAAGUACAGCGACCAGAUGCACUACGGCAUCUCGUCGGAGAAGAUGCUGAAGGCCUGGCAGGAGAACGAGGAGCGAGCGGCCGCCUUUGCUCAGGUGGCGGAGGUGAGCCACCUGGACGACGAGAUCAUGGCUCUGCACUCGGAGAUCGUGGAGCUGCAGCGGAGUCCUUACGCGCGGCGCCAAGGAGACAAGAUGGAGCAGCUGGAGGAGCGAGCCACGGAGCUCUACAAGCAGCUGAAGAUGAAAUGUAAAGUGCCGGACGCGGACCUGAGCGGCGACAGUUCGGAGAUGGUCAAGGCCAUUGUCCAGACGGUGAAAAACCAGGACAAGGUGCUGAAAGAUCUCUACGCGCACCUCAGUAAGAUCCUGAGCAGCAAACAGAAAAUCAUCGACCUGUUCCCGCGUAUCGAGAAGACCUUAGAGAGCAUCAAAGAAGCGGACAACACCGUCAUGCAGAUGCAGAUAAAGCGCCAGCGGGAGUUCUGGCACCUCCUCAAGAUCGCUUGCGCGCAGAACUCCACGCGAGACUCCUCGGCGGCCGGUCCCGAGUCGGCCGACCUCCCUCCGGCGUCCCGGUGGGGCCGGUCGGCCCCGCCCGCCGGCGCUCCUCAUCCGCUCACCUCGCUGCCGGGACCCGACGACAGUGACGCCGCACCCCGCCUGCUGCAGGAAACCCAGAAAUACCUGAGUCACUUGAACAGCCUCAUGCAGGAAGCGGCGGACGAGCAGGCCAAAAGCAUGGUGGAUCAAGACUGGAGUUGGACCAAGUACGAGACAUUAAGCGGCAAAUUAAAGAAGAGGAACGCGUGA